GGUAAACCGACGACGUUCUCCGGAAGAGUGCUGCAGUCUCUUUUAACGCGUAUACUUUGCUGGUUUAUGGGUAUUGCAACGCGUGACUGUUGCUCUUGGUUCGUAGUUUUGCUUAGAAAAGAAGGAAGCAACGAAGAAUAAAGCAGCUGUGAGAAAUAUAUACCUAUACUAUAUGACGACGACAACAGGAGGGGAACUACUUGCUUUAUCUAUGCGUGAAUCAGUGUUUGCGAUCUUCUUUAGAAAAAGCGUAUAAUUAAAAAUACAAUUAUAGCAAAGUAAUAUUUGUCGUGAUACUAAUAUAAAAAACGAUAUGUUACGCGGUUGAAAACUGAACCGAAUAAUUUUUCGAUCGCGUGUUACCUGCGUAAGAACGACGACGACGACGACGACGACAGAGACAACAGGGACGAAAGGUGGCGGCGGCGUCGGCGGAAGAAGAAAAUGCAGGCACGAUACGUCGUGGCAGUAUUGACCAGCCUAUUGGUGAUCACACACGAAGCACCACAGGACGUUCGUCGAAAGGAUGCCGAAGAUCAUCCGAGAGAGGCAUACUUUAAUGGUUCAUCUUUUCUCAAGUUAAAUUCCUUCGUCUCCGUGCACAGGCAUAGCGGCUUAAGUUUUCGAACUUGCGAAGGUGGGAGACUCUUUGUUCAAAGGUACAAAGACGACUCCAUAAGUCUCGAGGUCACCCACGAUGGACUCCUCUUCGUUGCCAUCGUAAAUCAGCAGGUUUACGAAGCAAGGCUUAACGCCAGAUUACUGAACAACGCCUGGCAUAAUGUCAAUCUUUUCUUCAGACUUGGGAAUCUUACUUUGAAUACAGCUGGGCACACACAGGUUAUCGCUAAUGCUACAUACAACUCUGCAAUUUUAACUCUACCCGAUUACAAUGUUAAUAACUCACUGAUCGUUGGUGAAAAUUUUCGAGGAUGUAUACUCCAGGGUCCCGGUAUACUUUUUAACGAAUCUAUCAACAAUGGAGCUUUAUUCGGACCAUGUCCAUCAGACAGUAAAGGAUGUGGUCCAAAUGGCCUUGGAAGCGGUAUAGCAUCAGCUACAGCUUCCACCAUGGACGUUUGUCGCAACGAACCAUGCAUGAUGCAUGGUAAAUGCGUAUCACGACAGGACCGUUACGAGUGUCACUGUUACGCACGAUAUUCCGGCAACAACUGUCAAAUCGAUAAUGGUCCGCCAUGCUUGGGUAAUCCGUGCCGGAACGGUGGAAUCUGUAUCGAAGAUAAAAAGGGUGACUUCGCAUGCAACUGUCAACCCGGAUACACAGGUGCAUCCUGCGAAUCGCAAUUAGGUGUUCGACUUUGCGAAGAAAGUCCUUGCAAAAAUAACGGCGUUUGUUUAGCGCUCGCGGACAACGAAUACAAAUGCGAUUGUUUACCAGGAUGGGCAGGAAAAAAUUGUGAGACUAACAUCAACGAGUGUUCGUCUUAUCCUUGCAAACACGGUGGACGUUGUAUAGACGGGAUCAAUAACUACACCUGCAUAUGCGAUAGAACGGGAUAUGAAGGAUCAAAUUGCCAGAUAGACAUCGACGAAUGCCUCGCAAAACCAUGUCUUAACAACGGCGUAUGUUACGAUAAUUACGGUGGCUAUAUGUGUCACUGUCCAAGCGGCUUCGAGGGCCAGAAUUGUGAGCUGAACUUGAACGAGUGUCUGACAAAUCCAUGUGCGAACGGAGGUGAAUGUAUCGACGACGUUGGCUCCUAUCACUGCGUCUGUCCAACCGGUUACAUUGGUCGUCAUUGUGAUUCAAGGAGUAUCUGUGAAAUUGAUCCGUGUCCAUCGAAUAGUAUAUGCGUCAGGGAUUCCCACGGAGAACAGUGCGUUUGCAAUCCUGGUUAUAUGGGUAUUCCGCCAAAUUGUACCAUCAACUAUUGUGCUAGUAAUCCUUGCGUUAAUGCUGGCACAUGUAUCAGUACUAAGGAUGGAUACAACUGCACUUGUACGCCCGAAUGGAAAGGUGCUACAUGUUCAACAUCAGUUUCGGAUUGGUGUACAAUAUGUCAUAAUGGUGGUACAUGCAUUGAAACAGUUUAUGGCAUCAUGUGCCAGUGUCCACGAUUUUGGACAGGAACGCAAUGCAAAGAACAGAUUACCUGUCGCAAUCUACCUUGCAAACAGGCUUCUGCUUGCCACGAUUAUCUUGGAGGGUAUUAUUGCACCUGUGAACCAGGAUGGACAGGACCAGAGUGUUCCAUUGACAUGGACGAAUGCUCUAGCGAUCCUUGCCGAAAUGGUGGUAUAUGCAUCGAUCAGCACAACAGUUAUUACUGCCAAUGUUUGCCUGGUUACACUGGAAGGAAUUGCACAAUCAACGUGGAUGAAUGUCUUUCGCAACCCUGUCUCAAUGGUGGCACGUGCAUCGACCGAGUAAACGAAUACACGUGUAAUUGUACGAAAGAUUUCAUGGGCCAACAUUGUGAAGAAGAAUUCGAUGCUUGUUCCUUAAAUCCUUGUCAAAAUAAUGGAAGUUGUACAUUAAUACCAAGAUCAAGACGAGAAUUCGUUUGCGAAUGUCCGAGAGGAUUCGAAGGUAAAGUCUGUGACGUAAACGUAGAUGAUUGCGUAGACGUGAUAUGUCCAGAUGACAAGGUAUGCGUCGACGGUAUCGACAGUCAUGAAUGCAAAUGCCGUGAAGGAUACAGAGAUCCAAAUUGCACUCUUAUCGUUUAUCACUGUGCUAAAAAGCCGUGUAACAAUGGAACUUGCAUCGAUCUAGGAGACGACGGAUUCGAAUGCAAAUGUCACCCUGGUUUUCAAGGUUCAUUCUGCGAUCAAGAUAUCAAUGAAUGUGAGAUUAAAGGUAACUCCUUGUGUAACAACGGUAUAUGCUGGAAUACCGAAGGAAGUUACAAAUGUUUCUGCAUACCCGGCUUCUCCGGUGAUUACUGUGACAUCGAUAUUGACGAAUGUCUGGGGGGGCCUUGCUUAAAUAAUGCAACCUGCAUCGAUCGAAUAAAUACGUUCGAAUGUAAGUGUCCACCUGGUUACUCCGGGAAGAUAUGCGACAUAGAUGUGAACGAGUGCGAGAGUGAUCCUUGCUUGAACGGUGCAACGUGUAUAGAUGAAGUAGCAGCUUACACUUGUAAUUGUGCACCUGGUUUUCGUGGAACUAAUUGUGAAAUCAAUAUCGACGAUUGCGAACCACUGCCGUGUUUCAAUUACGGCAGAUGCAUGGACGGUGUCAAUGAUUAUACAUGUGAUUGUACUGACACUGGUUUUGAAGGAUCCAGAUGUGAAAUAAACAUAGACGAUUGUCUAUCCGCUCCUUGUGUCAACGAUGCCAUUUGCAUCGACGAUAUUAAGAAUUACAAAUGCCAAUGUUAUCCUGGUUACACCGGGAAAAACUGUGAAAUAGAUAUAAAUGAAUGCGAAAGUUCACCCUGUCAAUUUAACGGUACUUGCCUCGAAAGAUCCAAUAAAGAACUGUACAAAAGCGAGGCGUUCAAUUUACCUUCUAUAUUCACACAAGACUUCAGUUAUGCUAAUGCCAGUGGAUACGAAUGUUUAUGCGUGCAGGGAGUAAUUGGUAAAAAUUGCGAAGUAAACAUAAACGAAUGCGAGAGUAAUCCUUGCUUAGCUGGUAGCUGCAUCGAUCGCAUCGGUGGAUUUACAUGCGAAUGUGACGAAGGUUUCGAAGGUGAUCACUGUCAGCAUGAUAUCGACGAAUGCAAAAGAUACACUCCUUGCGUCCACGGUGUCUGUACUGAUGGUAGAGCUGAUUAUUUUUGCACUUGCGAACCCGAAUAUGGCGGAAAGAAUUGUUCCGUUGAAUUAACGGGCUGUAUGGGUAAUGCCUGUCAAAAUAACGGUACUUGUUGGCCAUAUCUCGUUGAUGAAAAGAUACACAGAUUCAACUGUACCUGUCCAAAUGGUUUCCACGGUGAAAUAUGUAAUUAUAGAAAGGUGACUACCAUGUCGUUGAACGGUAGUUCAUAUGUUCUGGUCAACACUACUCGUGAGGAAGGAUACGACAUUCAAUUUCGUUUUCGAACAACCCUACCAAAUGGUUUAUUGGCUAUUGGCAAAGGUUUAACGUUUUACAUUCUUGAACUCGUUAAUGGCAAACUCAAUUUACAUUCGAGCCUGUUGAAUAAAUGGGAAGGCGUUUUCAUUGGUAGUGGAUUAAACAAUUCAUCGUGGCAAAAAGUUUUCGUAGCUAUCAAUACAACGCAUUUGGUUUUAUCGGCCAACGAAGAACAAACGAUAUAUCCAAUUAGUCUGAACGAAGGAUCUAAUUCAAAUCACACUUCUUUCCCAAUGACAUACGUUGGUGGUACUAUUUACUCUCUUCGAGGACUUACACAUGGUCCGGCUUUUUUUAUAGGCUGUACCGAGGACGUCGUUAUUAAUGGAGAAUGGGUAUAUUCAGGAACAACGUCUAAGACAGUGUACAUGGAAGGUAUCGAGCCGGGGUGUCCACGUGAAGAACAAUGUGAACCAAAUCCGUGUAAAAACGGGGGUCAUUGUACAGACGGUUGGCGGGAUUUCUCUUGCAAGUGCGAGCGACCGUAUUUAGGUCACACGUGCCAGUACAAUAUGACAGCUGCCACAUUUGGUUUUGAGAACAUCACUAAUGGUUACGUCACAGUUAAAGUUUCCGAUAUGGCAAGGAAAGCUGUUAGAUCGAUCGUUGAUAUUUCGAUGUUCAUACGGACGAGACAAGAUAUGGGUGACAUAUUCUAUUUAGGAUCUGAACCGGCUCCUCAAAUAGAUUCCAAGUCUCAAGACAAGACUUACAUUGCGGCACAAUUGGAAGGAGGAGAAUUACUCGUUAGAAUCCAAUUUAAUGGUACCGAGGCCUAUACGGUAGGUGGUGUUAAAUUAAACGACGGAAACAACCAUUUGAUCCAAGUUAUCAGGAACGUGACGUUGGUCCAAGUUAAGAUCAACGGCACCGAAUACUUUCGCAAGACCAUUAGCGCUUCGGGACAAUUAAACGUUACUGUCCUUUAUUUGGGAGGUUUACCACAAGCAUCCAGAUAUAUACGACAAGUCGACAGUCGUCAAAUGGAAAUUCAACAAGUGCCGCAAAUUAAUUUCAAAGGAAUCAUACAGGAUGUACAAAUAUCUAAUGGCAACGAAAUCAUGGUUGUGGAAUUCUUCCCUUUAAAGGCAAAAGAUAUACCUACACCAACGCAAUUCGGCAACGUUACCUUCGACCAUGACAAAGUGCUUGAAGGGGUUUUAUCCGACAACGUGUGUAUUAGCAAUCCCUGUAACCACAGUGGUACUUGCCACGUUACCUGGAACGAUUUCUGGUGUCAGUGUCCUCGCGGUUAUACCGGCAAAACUUGCCAAGAAAUGGAAUUUUGUCAACUGCAAGAUUGCCCAGCAGGUUCCAAGUGUCAGAAUCUCGACGAUGGGUAUGAGUGUAUCGCUAAUGCUACAUUCGAUGGCAACGCUACUUUAUUCACUUACGUUUACGGUCGAAUGGAAAUGGAAGAAAGAAACGAGUCCGACACUACUGUCGAUACUAUUCGAAUAACAUAUCGAUCGAAUACUGGUGGUACUUUGAUGCACAUGGCACCUCACCUAGGUGAUCAACAACAUUUUACGGUGUCCGUUUAUAAAGACAAUAUCACUGUUUCCUGGCGACUAGAUGAUCAGAAUCAUGGUAUCUUGAGUUUUGGUAAAAAUGAACCCGAUGGAAAUUGGACGUCCAUAAUACUACGACUAAAUAACAAUUCCAUGGAGUGCACUUAUGAAAAUAGCAACGACGAAAACGCACCGCAAGUUAGCCCUAAUUUUAGCUUUGCACUAUGGUAUAAAUUGUUGUUCAACGGUACAGUAACUUUAGGUGGAUUAGGGAAUACUUUUUCUACUCAUAAUGCUUACUUUACUCUGAAAAAUAAUAAUCAAGUUACGAACAGGGAAGCUAUUAAACAAAAUACUGUUGAUUACGUUCUUACUACUGCUACGCCACCUCAUCAAAUGAUAUCAGGAGAAGCAUUUAAAGGUUGCCUGGGCGAAGUGAGAAUCGGUAGCAUGUUAUUGCAUUACUUUACUAACGAAGAGGUAUACCAAAACGCUAACUUUACACCUUUUGAAUACUUAUCUCUAAAAAAUCAUAAUUUGAGUAACAAUAUCGGUUGCCAAUUAUGUUUCGAUCGUAUCGAUUGUAUGAAUGACGGUCAUUGUCGUGACAAAGAAAAUAGCUAUGUAUGCGAAUGCCUAGCGGGCUAUGCAGGAGAUGAUUGUUCUACCAAUAUCGACGAAUGUAUCGACAAUAAAUGCCAAAACAAUGCAACUUGCGUCGAUGAGAUUGCUAAUUAUAGCUGCAUUUGUAACAGUGGCUGGCAGGGUCGGUUAUGCGACAACGAUAUUAAUGAAUGUAUCUCGGAUCACAGUCCGUGCCAGCAUAACGGCGUUUGCGUUAACGAACCUGGAUCUUUUCGUUGCGAAUGUCCCGAUCAAUUUAUUGGCAAACAUUGCGAACAUUUUCGACUGAUCACGUGUCAAAGCGAACCUUGCAAAAAUGGUUCAACUUGUACGGAUAUCGUAAAUUCAAAAACAGGCGAUAAUUUCACAUGUACUUGCAUGUCUGGUUUUGAGGGCACCCAAUGCGAUCUGCCUUAUUGCCAAGUCCAGGAAUGUCAAAAUGGUGGCACGUGUGAUUUGUUAAAUCAGACUCCUCGAUGUAUAUGUCCCCUUGGUUAUACGGGACUUUAUUGUGAAAUAAAUAUAGACGAUUGUGCACCAGACGUGGAUGGUAACGUGCCGUGUAAAAAUGAUGGUAAAUGUUACGACGAGGUGAAUGAAUUUACAUGCGAUUGCUCAGGCACCGGUUAUACGGGACUAGAUUGUUCUUUAGACGUAAAUGAAUGUCAAGAUCCAUUGACUGACUGUGGAUACGGAAAGUGUGAAAACUUGCUUGGUACUUAUCAAUGUAUUUGUAAUCCUGGAUACUGUGGAUAUAAUUGUAGAAUGAAUGACCCUUGUAAAGAACAUCACUGCAAAAAUGGAGGCACGUGUCGGUGCACAAGUGAUGGUGAAUAUCGAUGUUUGUGUACUCUAGAGUAUACUGGACAAAAUUGUACAGAGUCUGGACAUCCACUCGGGAGUCAAGCAUUCAAUAUUGCUAUCAUCGUAGGACCCAUCGUUGGUUGUUUAUUUCUUAUUGCGGCGGGUUCACUUAUAGCCUUAUUUAUGAUGGCAAGGAAGAAACGUGCCACCCGCGGUACAUACAGUCCGAGUGCUCAGGAAUUUAGCAAUCCGCGAGUAGAAAUGGACAACGUAAUGAAACCUCCACCGGAGGAAAGACUGAUUUGAAGAGCUUAUAUGAUUCGAUAAUAAUAAGUAAUCAGCAUUGUACGCAACCUAGUCUUUCGAGUGCGUAAGUCGUUAUUGUUACAUUUACUAAAGGAAUUGGAUGAUAACGAAUCUUCAAGUGGCAUAUCAUCAAACGUUUCGUUGCGUUUUCUAGUCUAUGCUGCUUAAUUAUUUCAUUGGUAAUUAAUAUCAUGCUAUAAUGGUAUAAACAUGUUGAAAUCUUUCAUAAGCUGUUAAACGUA